UUGGUUUCAGAAAUAGAACACUCAUUGCAGCGAGCCGCCAUGUUAAUUUUAGUCAGGGAAGCGCGAGUUGCGGCCAGUAUCAUCGGCUGGACUUCGUAAACAAGCAAGAAAAUGUCGCGGGUCUACGAAGAUGUCGACCCGGGCUUCGCGGCGACCUGCAGCGACAUCACCCUUUACUCCAAAACCAAAGGGUUCUUCAAGAACUUUGCUGAUGACAUCGUGUCCAUCGCCGAGAAUGACAACUGGCUGGACAGCUUCGAAAAGGUCGAGGAUGGGAAGAAGGUCGCAGCCGUCAUGGAGAACAAGGAGAUCAUGGAAGCCCUCCAAGAAGUGUUUUCCCGAAUCGAGCCCAUCCAUCGCGGUAAAGACGCGCGAGUGUCGUAUGAGCGCCGUGUAGCUGGCCAGGCCGCUCUGAAGGAAGGGGACUUGAUGAAGGCCCUGUCUCUUGCCAGCCAAGCUGUGCUGCGUGCUCCGAUGACAGGCACCGAAGAAGUCAUUGAUGGAGGAGUAUCAUUGGCGCUAGCACUUUGGCUGCGAUCCGAGGUAUUACUUCAGGCAGACCGGCCACGAGCAGCGUUGGAGGACCUAAAGCUGGCUCUGAAGGAACGACUGCCUGCUAAGAUGCGCGCUCAAUAUUAUUGGCGCAUGGGGCAUUGCUAUCGAGGUGCAGGAGAACCGAGCAGAGCUAAAGUGUCCUAUGAGCUGGCAGGAAGACUUCUAGCAAAUGACGAGACAGCCAAAGCACAAUUGGCUAAGGACAUAGGAGCACUGGACUACACGGCUCAGCCACGUCACCCGCCAGAUAAGCCAAAAAUCUCCGUAGCCGGCGGAGCGAAGCAAAAUAUGCCUGCCCUGUCUAAACUCCUGAAGAUAACAGAAGAACAAAAUAAGGGCCGCUACGCAGUGGCCAGCGCCCCCAUCAAGACCGGGGACGUACUCCUGGUUGACAGCCCUUACGCCGCGUGCCUGCACCCCGACAACUACGGGACACAUUGCUUGCACUGCUUUAAAAGGUUAGAAGACUGCGAGGACGAAGCCCCAGUGUGGUGCCCCAAAUGUUCUGCAGUCGUGUUCUGCAGUACCAACUGUAGAGACACUGCCGUGUCCACGUACCACUCUUAUGAGUGCCAGUUUCUUGAUCUUUUUAUAGGAUCUGGAAUGUCAAUGCUCAGCCAGAUAGCUCUAAGAAUUGUCACCCAAGCUGGACUCGAUGCGACCCUGUCGAUACACUCCAAAUAUUUGACCAACGAAGUGAAAACCGUAGACAGCACAGUCCUAAACGAUAUCGAAGGCGUAGCGAAAAAGUCUAAAAUGAAAAGCAGAAAAGAAAGACUAAAUAGAAGCAAGAAAGGCCUAAAAAUAUUCACAGAAAAGACAAAAGAAGAAGAAACAGAAACGAAGGUCGACGAAAAGAUAAACUAUGAAGAAAAAUUAGAGUUAAAAGCCGCACAAUUUUAUUCUUUAUGUGCACACUCGGAACAAAGGAGGGGAGGGGAUUAUCUUAAAAGAAUUGUCAUGGCGAUGUUUCUCGGGGAAUGUUUGAAGAAAGCAGGUUUCUUUAAAAAAUGCGAACCAGAAAAUCUUGCGAAAGCUGAGACGUCUAUUUGCGAGAUGAUAGUCCGCAACAUGCAAAUCCUUCAGUUCAACGCGCACGAGAUCUACGAAACAAUUAGAGGCGAGCAUUCAUUCAGCGGGUCCAAGCCCGUGUACAACGCUGUAGGGAUUUACCCGACUGGAGCUCUAUUCAAUCACGAGUGCUAUCCCGCUGUUGCCAGAUUUUUCGACGGUGCAAAGAUCGUUCUGCAAGCGAUCCGACCUCUAGCUACAGGCGAAAUGGCCUCCGAAAACUACGGCCACCACUUCAUGAUGAGGAGUUUGAAGGAGAGACAGAGGGCUCUGGCCUGUCGCUACUGGUUCCGAUGCGAGUGCGUCGCGUGCAAGGAGGACUGGCCCACUUUGAAGCAGAUGAACAGUUCGGAAACGCCGAUCUACUUAAGGUGCUUGAAUGCCGACUGCUCAGCGAAGUUCAGAGCAAGUCCUCAAAUGCCUAACAGGUGUAGCAAAUGUUCAACUAAUAUUGAGAGGGAAUUGGUCGAAAUCAACUUGGAGAACAUAAGCAAAUGCAUAAACCAGUAUCAGGAAGGGGCGAAGCUAAUGGAUGCUGAACGUAUUGAAGACGCCAUUACAACGCUGUGCGAAGCCGUCGACCAGUACCACGAAAUUGCUCACCCGCCCCAUCGCGACACGCAUAUCGCUCAAGAAGCUCUCAGAUCUUGCUUCGCGAGCUAUGGAAACGUUCACGUGGUACGGGACAAUAAUUCUAUCGAGGAAAAAGACAAGACUGCGAAAUGACUUCGUGUCUGCGUUUUUGUAUUUAUGCGGUUUCAAUGUAUGUGUAAAUUGUGUUUGCAAAAUUGCGUGAGAAUUUUAAUAGACACUCUUUUGGCACCCUGACUCUGAAUUUGGGAAUAAAAUUACAUGGUGAUGAUUGCGGAAUGAGAUAAACACACUCCUUGAUAUUUUUUGUCACACAGCUUGUCGAUUUAUCCUAAAGUUUUUAAUUUAAAUUAAAAAAAAAUAUACGUUGCAUACAUUGAAUUUUGCUGUAUGUAGUUUUAGCGUUCUUUUGUUAUUAUGUCAGUCAAUGUUAUGUUGUUAUGACUUUGUUAAAAUAAUGUGAUGUGGUUGAAAUAAAAAACAGUUUUCAAUGCUAUUUUAAG